AUUUUGCUUUAGCUUUCCUCGAACGCCCACCUUUUCCCUAUAUUAUAACCUUUUUUUUACUCCUUUUACUAAUCUUCCCUUCCCUCUUUUAACUUGAGCUCGCUCACAUUGCCCCAAUCCCAUAAUAACAAUUGUUAAACAUGGCAUCCUCCUGCUCUUUCUCUUCCUCCAUUGAAGCAGCAGCAGCCUCCUUCUCUAGCUCCAAUAAUCGCGUUCGUAGGUUUUCUGACACCCCGCCAUUAUUUCAAUCCAUCAAAACACCUAACAGCCGCAGUAAUGCUUGUCCCAAAAUUAGUUCUACGACCUCUUUGGGCUGCGGCGGGUCUCCUCGUCUAGUGGUUUUCCGUGCCGAAUUGUCGGGUGAAAGCGGCUGUGAAGAAGAGGAUGUACAUGGACUGAAGCAUGAUAAUGGAUUUGGUUUAGUUAAUCCUGAAUCAACUUUUUCGCUGCCCCAGUCCAUUACUCGUAAUGCUAUAUGGCUACUUCAACUUUGUUGUGAUGGACUCUCUCAUAUUCUGAAGGAAAAUUCAGAUAAACGAGAAACAAAAAAAGAUGAUUUGAAUCAAACUCCAAAAGUGGUCAUACCUCUUGAGCACUCAACUAGUGGCGGUACAAGGACUGGGCUUUUCAGAACUCCCAUUUCUGGAGGUGUACAAAGUGCUACCUCAGCUCAUGGACUACCUAAACCUGCCUUAGCUGUCCGCAAUUUAAUGGAGCAGGCUAGAUUUGCUCACUUAUGCACUGUGAUGUCCCGUAUGCAUCAUCGGCGAGAAGGCUACCCAUUUGGCACACUUGUAGAUUUUGCGCCAGAUUCUAUGGGGCAUCCGAUAUUUUCGUUCUCUCCAUUAGCUAUACACACCCGUAAUUUGCUAGCUGACCCAAGAUGCACAUUGGUUGUACAGAUCCCAGGAUGGAGUGGUUUAUCCAAUGCAAGGGUCACAAUAUUUGGUGAUGUUUAUCCACUACCUGAAGAUCAACAGGAAUGGGCACACAAGCAGUAUAUGGCAAAACAUCAGCAAGGUCCUUCUCAACAAUGGGGAAACUUUUUUUACUUUAGGAUGCAAAAUAUAAGCGAUAUAUAUUUUAUUGGAGGCUUUGGAACUGUUGCUUGGGUGGAUGUCAAGGAGUAUGAGACACUUCUGCCUGAUAAAAUUGCUGUUGAUGGUGGUGAACAAUAUCUUAAGGAGCUUAAUGCAAUAUUUUCAAAGCCUCUGAAAGAUCUUUUAGCGCAAGAAGCUGAGGUGGAUGAUGCUGCAUUGAUAUCAAUAGAUAGCAAGGGGACAGAUGUUCGUGUCCGCCAAGGUGCACAGUUCAAUGUACAGAGAAUAUCAUUUGAAGAAGGCCAUUUAGUUGAAACACUAGAAGAAGCUAAAGCGGCACUCUGGAAACUGAUAAAUGGAGGCCGAGUUUACAAUUUGCAUAAAUGACCAUUGCAGAAUGCAUCUUUUUAACCUAAAGAGUCAAAACUACAGGUGGUAUAGCCAGUGUAAGGUUGUGUCGGUAAUGCUAUUAUAAGAAUCAGUUUCAUCACUUCUUUCUGCGGAAGUACUAACUUAUAGAGGUUAAGGUUGUGGGUGGAUUUCCAGCGACCUAAAUUAGCAGUGUAAGUUGUUGGUGUGAACUUGUAGCAAAAAAAAGGGUCCCUUUUAGGGGCUGUUUGUUCGCUGAGGUUUAAACUAAAUUCUUCCAGCCUGAAUCCGGUGGUUGCAUGACCUUUUUCCAUGAGAAUAUAUCAUGGAUUUAGAACCGCUUUUCUUGCCUAAAUUAUCUGCACAAACGUAAGAUUUUGUGUGCUGUUUGGUGCUGACUGUUAGUAAUCGAAAUGCACUUUCUGCCA